GAAGCCGUUUGUGUAUAAGUGUAUGUGUCUGUAAAGGGGUGGAUGACUGGGCUGGGUCUUUCAGUUGCAUACAGGUCACACACACAGACACACCUGGACAGAGGUAAAAGAGCCUUCAGCAGCUUAGUAUUGUCAACUGAACACACAAACAGACCAGGCAACAUGUCCUCUAAAGAUAUAGAACCCGACUAUGAUUCGGACUUUGAAUACGACUACCAUACACUACGUGUUGGAGGUCUGAUCUUUGCCGGAGUAGUUGUGGUCCUUUCCUUCCUCCUCUUGCUUGGAAACAAGAUCACAAACUGUGGCAAGAAAAAGCCAAAAAAUGAUGCAGACGAAGAAGAUUGAACUGACCAGAGCCAGCCAAUGAACCCAGGAGAGGGCAACAAUGUGCUACUAAGCUGUCAAUAGUGGUGUGUGUAUGAACAUAAGACUUUUGUAUUAAUAAAGUGAAUGUAACCACA